GUGGCUUUUCCCCGCAGGGCUCGCCAUGGAGCCGGGCACCAUUGAUAACCUGUCCAUCCUGUACCAGAGCCCGGACUUCAUCGUGGUCAACAAGCACUGGGACAUCCGCAUCGACAGCAAGAUGUGGUACGAGAAGCUGACCCUGCAAAGUCAGCUAAAGUACCGAUUCCCCGAGCUGGCUGACCCGGACACCUAUUACGGCUUCAGGUUUUGCCACCAGCUUGACUUCUCCACCAGCGGGGCCCUCUGCGUGGCACUCAACAAAGCUGCGGCAGGAAGUGCCUACAAGUGUUUCAAGGAUCGGCUGGUGACCAAAGCCUAUCUUGCCCUGGUCAGGGGCCACGUGAAGCAAAGCCAAAUGACGAUCCAGUACGCCAUAGGGAAGAACAUGACCGAGGGCAUGACCCACAUGAUGUGUAUCGAGGGCACAGAAGGCUGUGAAAAUCCCAAGCCUUGCCAGUCAGAGCUGAUUGUUCUUGAACAUGGAUCCUACAGCGGGGACCCUGUAACCAAAGUGCUGCUGCAGCCGCUGACAGGGAGGACGCAUCAGCUCCGGGUUCACUGCAGCGCCAUUGGCCACCCCAUCGUGGGGGACUUCACCUACAGCCACAAGAAGGACAGCAGUCCCUACAGGAUGAUGCUCCACGCCUACUACCUGCGUAUCCCCACCGGGAAGGAGCUCAUCGAGGUCUGCGCGCCUGACCCCUUCGUGACCGCCAUGGACAGCAACUGGGUGCCUCACCACAUCACUCACCGGCUGGAUGAGACCAUCCAAGAGCUAAAGGACAAGAUGAUCCAGAAAGGGGACGAGGAGGAGAGCCAAAAAGCCAUGCUUAGUAGCGGAGGAGAGGAGGCACCAAGCAAAGCUGGGAGCACGGACGCAGAGGACCAGCGAGCCAAGUGUGAGCAAUGGUUGGCGGAGUGGGCUUUGGAGUGAGCAAUUCAAGUUUCUGCAUUUCCAAUCCAAAGCUCCGUUUUUGCCCUAGUGGGUCCUGGCUGGCCUCCCCCACAAGCCCAGCGCUGACCACAUCUGCACUUUUUGUAUGCCAUAGUUUCCUUCACUUCCAGGACUGGGAUGAGAAAGAUUUUAGCAGCAGCUAGGAUUGGCUUUUUUUUUAAUGAACUCAUCACUUGUCUGACCCCCUGGAUGCCCCUUUCCUAACUCCAUGCCUCAGCAGCAGUUAGCAUGUCCCGCACCAGCUUCGAGCGCAGAUCGGACCCAGAGUAUCACACCCCUUUCCCAGGGCUCAGACGCAGUUAGGUGAGCAUGGACACGAGCUUUGCCAGUAAAGUGAUGGACGUGUCUGCAAACCUGUAGCGCUAGGAUGCUAAAACGCACCCUAUCGAAGGGAAGGGGGAACACGAAACGUACGUCCUCCUGGAUGCAGCUUUGGUAUCUGCUUCCCACGUUCCCACCCCUUGUUCCUGCCUGCAGGCUGCGUCCCCUCAGGGCAGCUGGUGAGUGGGGCUGCCCCACUUCUCAUCGAGGGAGUGGGGAGGCAGAUCAGGAGGCUGCUGGCCGCUUCAGGGGACGAGGACAGCUCUCUUGUCCCAGAGCUGCCGGCAGGGUAUCUGUGGGGCCGCAGCGGCUCUGCUGCGCGGGGCAGGUUCCUGCACAGCCAGCGCAGAGAGGCGGCUUUCCUGCAGACUCGGCUUCUGGGUGUUUGGCCCGCCAAACUGAGGUGUGCGAAACAGGAAAGGUCCCCUAACCGCCGCAGAGGAUUGCUGCUUUCCCCUCCCUGUCCUUGCAGAUUUCCUUGCCGCAUCAGACCACAUGUAUUUUUUUAAAGGUUUGUUGAAGAUGAGUGAAUUAAUACUAAUAGAUUUUAAACUUUUUUCAAAUUUCUAUGAAAAGAAUAGUCUUUUAGCAGUUCUGAAAUAGUGAUGGCCUUGGAAGUGCGUGUAUUUUUAGUACUUGUACCCCAAAUAGCUAGCAUCGCUAAGCUUUUUUUAAUAGAUUUGAUUAUUCUUUCUACUAAGAUUUCCUUUUCUUAGCAUCCACUUUUAUCCUGGAUAUGUAUGCAACCCCUGCUGGGACAGAAUUGUCAGGUAAAAGCCUCUUUCUGCUUUUCCUUAACGUCAGGGAAUAAGGAUCACUUUUUUGUCUUACUGCUUGAAUCCCUCGCUAGCAGGGUACUAGCACUAGAUGGUGCUGGAAACAGGUCUUCCAGUUAGGCAGUUUGUUAGGGCUGUGGCAGAGGGAGAACAGCAGGAAAAAUGGCUGAAGCUCUAAGAAACGCUAAAGACAGAUGCGAGCAGCAGGAAGGAAGCUCGUGUUUCAAGCUGGACCUCAGUGUGGCAGCAUGCAAAGAAAAGUUGGUCUGAAAAUGUCCUUGCUUUGCCAGUCAACUUCAUACUGCCUUUGCGCUCUAGUUUCCACCUCACUUUUCCUCUGCAGCCCUUAGAGGAAGUUUUGAAAAUGAAGAGAACAGGUUGGCUGGAGUGGGAUUAUGAGAGACAGCCCUGAGACUACUGAAGGACAUCAGCGACUGUAGCCUAUUACAAUGUAUUGUCACGACUGGUUUUAUGCAUAUAGAGCACCAAUGCCCUGGAGUACGCAGCACUGAGCCGUCCCAUCAGCGUGUGUGCCUAGAGACCCUUUAAUUCCCAGCCCACUCUCUGCACGGUGCAGUAAGCCCUGUUAUAUUUAAAAUACGCCCAACAGUUGUUUCCUGUUACCAAUAUACCUACUGAGAGGGGCGGAUGAAGUGCUGUAGCCCCUGCACGGAGGCUCACACUUGAUAUGUCUCCAACCCCCGUGCGGUUUUGCACAGCCGUCCCGGCUCACCUCUCAUCCCGCAGAGAGGCUGCUCCCCAAUGCCCGCUGUGCUGUCGGGUGCGGCCGGCGCGUGUCACCCGGUGAUGAGCGGUGGCAGCUCCUGGCUUUUGCAGAGCUCAGUGCAAAGUGAGCCAGGGUCUGUGCUGGCAGCUGGUGGCUGGUGCGGCACCGCGUGUUGGCGCCUGCAUUUUCCCUGCUGAGGGAGUUAUGUGAGGUCGAUGCAUGCAGCUGAGCCGCAUGCUGGCAGCUCGUGAUGCCAGCGCUCAGGCACACGUAGGAGACAGGCUCACCGCUGGCAGCUCACCUGCCAAGCCAGGCCCUGCAUAUUGAGGCAAGAACCAGUAGAUUUGUGAGCUGACACUAUUUGUUAGUGGCAGAAGGCCCAUCAGAGCUUCAGAAGUACGGGAGAUGCGUGGCCCUUGGUAGGAAGCUUGGUUGCGACUCUGGUGUGCUGAAUUUUGUUCCAUUAAUUCCUCUGCAGGUCCCAGCCUCACUUUCCCCGUCUCCCAAGUGUGGCCAGGGCGGGCAGCCAAGGUGGGCAGCCUGGUGAGAUGGCCAGAGGAGCGUCCUGAGCCCGGACGUUAAGAGUGUGUGCAUAUUAGCUGAAGAGUUAACGGCACCAAUGUGCGCUGGAGGGCUUAAAAAUGAGGGGUGAAAUUUGCAGCAGUAUCAGAGAUGCAACGCAUGCUUCCUACAGGUCUGGUGUGGGGGACGGUCCCCACUGGGACUAGGACUCCCGCGAGUGCCGGAGGAAGCAGCCAUCAGCUGCAGGGCGCUUGCAGCUCGCAUGGGUGGGGUCUUUUCAGCCGUCUGGGACAGAGGCUGCCUCUCGGCCAUGAGGACUGCAGUUGUUGGCGGUGGCAUUUAGGGACACCGAUGCAUGUGCAUAAGGGGCCAGUCACGUAGACGGUGAGGGCCAGGGAGCCCAGGCAGCCGGCAACCGGUGAGCGGUAUUUGCCCACCAGGAACACUGGAGGAACCCCAGCACCCUGCACCCAUCUCAGCCUUCACAUAUUGCACUUUUACCCCAUGUUGCAGGAACCAGAGAGAAAAAUAUAUAUUUUUCCUUAUCUUGGAGAGAGGUAUUUUACGGUAACGCUUUCACCCUGCUUUCCCUCCUUCAUACUGGUGUGCAGUGUUGCUCCGUCCUGAUUGUGUAGUUCCUUCCACUGGGUAAUUCGCUGUGUCUUAUGUGGAUCCGCUUGUGUAUCUAAAACAAGUGGGGGGGGGGGAUUGUGAAUGGGUGUACAUGUGUGUUGUGACGUUCUGUACUUCUUGGAAUAAUCCUUAUUUAUUGUUGCACAUUUGUGGACAUUACUGGAGUAAAUCAUUUCACAUAUAUACAGCA